AUGGACCGGGGUAAAAGUGAUACUAUGAAUCUUGAUUGGGAAAAAGAAUUGAGGAAAUUUCAGAAAGUUAUGGCCUCAUGGACCAAGCCUUUGAAAAUGAAAGCCAUGGUCAAGCUGACCCGUUUCUCUAAACAUGCCCUUGAGCAUGUGUUAUCUCGCACCAUACCUAUUCUCAUGAGGAAUGAUGCUCAUUAUAUUCCGAAUGAUCUUUCCCCUUCACUUUCUGAGGUUGUUGCUUACUGCUUGAAGUGUAUUUCUUGUACAGGUGAUGGCACCUUGGAAAGUGUUGCAUUUGUUUUGAUGGUGAGGAGAGAUGCUGCUGACCAUGACAGGUUAGAAAUCGUUAUCGAUUUGUUGGAUUCUCAUAUCAAUUGUAUUGUUAGGCGGUAUUUGCCAGAGAUGUUGACUGUGUUAGCAUUGUGGGAGGACAUUAGGAGGAAACUCACUACAUUAGGAGCUCUUCAUCUUCUUGUGGAGGUUGCUGGUACUGGUAGCAUGGUCUAUAGAGAAAGAGCAUGUCAAAAAAUUGAGUUGCUUGGAAUCACAGAGGAUGUGAUGCAUGAGCUUGUCGAAUUGGGAGUGAUACCAGUGCUUGUGGAGUUGAUGCGUGAUGGAGAUCAAUGUACUAAACUUAUAGCUUCACUUGCAAUAAAAUUAUAG